AACUCGGAAGGAAAGUGGUUCGGCGGGGAGGGGGGCGGCGGUUCUGCUGGCUUGAGCCUGGCUAGGUUGCCAUGGCUGUUUCUGCUUACGUGAAGGACAUGCAGGAGAAGUUCCGGGCUAACACGCGGAGCCGCGAAUUCCCUGCGCAUGGGGCCAAGGUCCACUCGGUGGCCUGGAGCUGCUGCGGCCACCGUCUAGCCUCCGGCUCUUUCGACAAGACCGCCAGCGUCUUCGUGUUGGAUAAAGACCGGCUGGUCAAGGAAAACAAUUACCGUGGUCAUGGAGAUAGUGUGGAUCAGUUGUGUUGGCAUCCUAGUAACCCAGAUCUAUUUGUUACAGCAUCUGGUGAUAAAACCAUUCGUAUAUGGGAUGUUCGAACCACUAAGUGCAUUGACACAGUGAAUACAAAAGGGGAAAACAUUAACAUCUGCUGGAGCCCUGAUGGCCAGACUAUUGCAGUAGGGAAUAAAGAUGAUGUUGUCACAUUCAUUGAUGCUAAGACACAUCGGUCCAAAGCUGAAGAGCAAUUCAAGUUUGAGGUGAAUGAGAUAUCUUGGAACAAUGACAACAACAUGUUUUUCCUCACCAAUGGCAACGGAUGUAUCAACAUCCUCAGUUACCCAGAGCUGAAACCCAUUCAGUCAAUUAAUGCCCACCCCUCAAAUUGCAUUUGUAUCAAGUUUGAUCCAACGGGCAAGUAUUUUGCUACUGGAAGUGCUGAUGCAUUGGUUAGUCUCUGGGAUGUGGAUGAGCUGGUAUGUGUACGAUGCUUUUCUAGACUUGAUUGGCCUGUCAGGACUUUAAGCUUUAGCUGUGAUGGCAAGAUGCUGGCUUCAGCCUCUGAAGAUCACUUCAUUGAUAUUGCUGAAGUAGAAACUGGGGAGAAGCUCUGGGAAGUACAGUGCGAGUCCCCAACCUUCACAGUUGCUUGGCAUCCAAAACACCCGCUAUUAGCCUACGCUUGUGAUGAUAAAGAUGGCAAAUAUGAUAACAGUAGAGAAGCGGGCACUGUGAAGCUCUUUGGUCACGCCAAUGACUCUUAGAAGAAAUCUGCUAGAGACUUUAUUUAUGAUUUAGGAUUCUAAGCCAGUGUAGAACAUUCAGAAGACACACAACUCCUCUGGGUUUGUUUUUCUUUGUGGCAGAGAAUAGUGCCAUAAAUUUUAAUUUCUUUGAGAAUUUGGUUUUAAAAAAGUUUUUGUGCAUUGUUAACUGUCCUAGAAGUUGAAAUGAUGUGGACUUCUUUGGAGUGCAUAAAUUAAUUCAGUAUUUUGAUUGCAGAAUUACAGGGGAGCUAUCAAUAUUCUAGCUGCCAAUGCAUCUGUGUCUUCCAUCAUAACAGUCUCUGUCUUGUUUAAUUGAGAGUAUCAGAGGCAAAAACUUCAAACGUGGAUUAUACAUCACUGUAAUUUCCUAUGUCUUGAGAAUGGAAAUUGUGGUUGAGAAUUAUGCUGGUUUCUUCUAGCCAUCUUUGAAACUCUCCUUUUCAUAAUUAACUUUUGAGAAAAUGUAUAUAUGUAUGUGUCUAAUUCUUUUUGUACCGUACGAUAAUGAAAGGAGCAAGGCUGGAAAACGAUACUAAUUUUUGUAUGAUCCCAUUUUUGUAUCUUGGAUAAAGAUAUUUGCUAAAACCUUGUGUAUUGUGGUUUAAAGGGCAAUUUACUUAACUUCUAGGGGGAAAAGUCAUACAGUCUUGGACUAUUGAUCCUCCCAUCUCUAUCUUUUGGGGAAUGAUAUCAGCAGCACUCGAAGAGGUAAAGCCAGACUAAGGGAUGUUAUUGCCUUGUUUGAAAGCUUUCUGGAAGCAACUUGUUGAUGAGUGAGAAUUAGGACAUUGACUGGAUCAAGCUUUUGUUUGACAUAGCUGGCUGUUGUUAUGGAUGAGUAUAUACGGCUCAUCUAAGUGUUCUGCAAUUUUUUAUUUUCAAUCAAAAGAGUUGUGCUGUUGGAAAACUGUUUCCAGAAAAGGAAAUGUAGCUGUAUUAAUAUUUUCAGUCUUGCCCAUUAUUGCUCCAAUUCUGGUGUCUCAGCUCCAUUUUCCUAAUAUGAAAGCCUCUUCCUUCAUUAUUCGUACAAAAUCCACUCAGUGAGGGAUUAUGGAAGAGCUUAUUAUUAUGUCAUGAUUAUGUCAUGAUUAUGAUUAUGUCAUGAUCUGAUUUAUCCAAUUUGGUUUUAUGAAGUGGUAAUGUUAGUGAAGAUGACUGAAAUCAAUUCAGAAUGUUUCCUGCAUAAGAGUGGAGGUGAUUACUGGGGAAAAAGUUAAAAAUAAGUUAGGGUAGCACUUUUUAACUACAGUAGGUGUAGUUUUUUAAUUCAGGUUUAACAAUUCUGUGAGUAAAAAUACUAGACGAUAUGGGAAGAGAUAUCAGACUUGCAAUAGCUACUUUGUUUUUUAGUAGCUACAACCAAAUCCUCAAGCAAAUCCUCAAAAAGGAUGCCUCUGAACAGAUAUUCAACUCAGAAUCUGGAUUUGCUUAGUUUAGAAGUUGCUUUUUUAAGAGGAAGACAUUUGUGACUGGUGCCAGAUACUAAGUUCAUUUACACAAAAAUACACACUUAACUCUCCCAGUAUUUUUUCUUCUCUAAAAUUAAAAACAAAAAGAUGUUACUGUUAUUAGACACCUUGAGCUAGAAACAAUUGGCUCCUGAGGCCUUGCAAUGCAGUCAUUAUGCCCUACGUAGUACAUAACUCUCAGUUGGAUUCCUCCAACGUACUCCACAUGGGGCUGUCUUUGAAAAGUAUUUGGAAGCUACAGCAAGUGCAGAACGCAGCAGCGUGCACAAUCUGGGGGCCCCUCAGGUGGUACAUACAACCACUGUUGCAUGAACUGCAUUGUUUACCAGUCUGCUUCCCGGUCGAAUUCAAGGUGGUUGGGGGAGUCAUUUUGCAAACAUCUUUGUGCUUGGCUGUGUUUGUAGAUGUGCUUUAAAUAUCAUGAGAUGGAUUUAGAUUUGGAUUGAUUUAUGACAAAGUGGAAAUAUUGUUCAA